ACGUUCGCGGUUUUCGUCUCAAAACAACGAGUCAUACAAGCUGAGUCGCAACUACCUUCCUUUCCUUCCCUUUACUGGUUUUUAAUGAUCGAGUUUGAAUUAAACGUUUAUCCAUUAGCCAAAUGAGAGCCUGGGUGUUCUACAUAACCGGCUAGCCUAGUUUUCUCACCAAUCCCAGCAAGCUCUCAAGCUAGCCGCUGUCAUGCUGCCAAACGUCAGCACGUCAAAUUGACAGCCCCCCCAACAAAAAAACAAGACGGGUACAGCUACAUUCUUUCACGGUCGAAGUGACGCCAAGAUGAGGAGACUGAGCAAAAAGAAAGCUUUGACGCUGGUCAGAGAGCUGGACGCCUUCCCCAAAGUCCCCGAGAGCUACGUGGAGUCGUCAGCCAGCGGGGGGACAGUGUCUCUGAUUGCGUUCAGUGCCAUGGCUGUGCUCUCUUUCCUGGAGUUUUUUGUCUACAGGGACACAUGGAUGAAAUACGAGUACGAGGUAGACAAAGACUUUAGCAGCAAACUGAGAAUAAACAUUGAUAUCACGGUAGCCAUGAGAUGCCAGUACAUUGGCGCAGAUGUUCUGGAUCUGGCUGAGACCAUGGUUGCUUCUGAUGGCCUUAAAUACGAGCCGGUCAACUUUGAGCUGUCGCCCCAGCAAAAGAUAUGGCACAUGACUCUUCUUCAUAUCCAGGAGCGUCUGCGAGUGGAGCACUCACUACAGGACUUGAUCUUCAAGACUGCCAUGAAAGGAUCUCCACCUGCUCAGUCCAGAAGCGUGGACAGCAGCACAUCUCUGAACGCCUGCCGGAUUCACGGACAUCUGUAUGUCAACAAGGUGGCCGGAAACUUCCACAUCACUGUUGGAAAGUCCAUCCCUCAUCCACGAGGCCAUGCCCACCUUGCGGCGCUCGUCAGCCAUGACAGUUUCAAUUUUUCCCACCGCAUCGACCACUUGUCUUUCGGGGAAGACAUCCCGGGUGUCAUCAGCACCCUUGAUGGCACGGAGAAAGUCACCACCGAAUCCAAUCAUAUGUUCCAGUACUUCAUCACCAUCGUGCCCACCAAACUCAACACGUACAAGGUUGCGGCAGACACGCAUCAGUACUCGGUCACCGAGAGGGAACGCGCCAUCAACCACGCGGCGGGCAGCCACGGCAUCUCGGGGAUCUUCAUGAAAUACGACAUCAGCUCUUUGAUGGUCAAAGUGAGCGAGCAGCACAUGCCGCUCUGGAAGUUUCUGGUGCGCCUGUGCGGCAUCGUCGGAGGCAUCUUCUCCACCACAGGCAUGCUGCAUAACAUGAUGGGCUUCUUUGUGGAUGUGGUCUGCUGUCGCUUCCAAAUGGGAAUCUACAAACCUCUCAAGGAGGAUCCUGUGAAAAUGCAACAAGCAAAUGAGCAUGCGGCGCCCCCUGCUCACACCCAUUUGACUCAGCCAAUUAGCUGAGAUAACUUCGGGCCAGUUUGUGUAUGGAAAGCCAUUGAUCAUUGAUCAUUUUCAUUCCCAAUUCUGCCGACUAGUCGGGUAUGAAAUAAAUGCUCUAGCAGGUUUUCAGCCGUUUCUCACUAGUACACUGAGUUAUCCUACUAGUGAGGCCAAAGAGCGAACUUGUACAUGGGCCUUAAGCUGAACAGCAAGGAUGUCUAAUAAAUGCUCAAACGGCUUUCCAUAACUGUCCCUUUUAUCCAAAACAAAGAAAAGACAAACUUUUUUAAUUACUUCAUGUACCAGCUAGUACAAUAACAUUCUUCAAAUAAACUUGAAACUGUAAUGAGACAAACACACACACACACACACACACACAAACAAAAAGGUGCCUAUGUGUAAAUGUUUAUUAAAUAAAAUCUCUCCACUCGA